GCCUUCCCAAAGGAGGGGCCGCAUGUGGCCUGAGAGGGAGGCAAAACCCAGCAGCCCUCACCGGGAAGCUGGAGCAGCCCAGGAGGCCGCAGGUUGCCCCGGCUCCAGCCGGCCCUGCUGUACCGGACACUGCCCAACUGCCGGCGUUUGAACGCUGCAUCGGAACGGGGGCCAACGGACCGUUACCCACCACCCAGGGCUGUGCCUCCCCGGCAGCUUCGUGCCCUGGGCCGCCGCCACACCGGCCCGUCGUGCCCCUGCCCGCGGGCUGGCCCAGGCCAUGCAGGAGCUGUUCCGCGCCAACACGCGGAGCCGCGAGUUCCCGGCGCACGGGGCCAAGGUGCACUCGGUGGCCUGGAGCUGCUGCGGCCGCCGCCUCGCGUCCGGCUCCUUCGACAAGACCGCCAGCGUCUUCGUGCUGGAGAAGGACCGGCUGGUGAAGGAGAACAACUACCGGGGCCAUGGGGACAGUGUGGAUCAGCUCUGUUGGCACCCCAGCAACCCUGACCUCUUCGUCACGGCGUCUGGGGACAAAACCAUCCGUAUCUGGGAUGUCCGCACCACCAAGUGCAUCGCCACUGUCAACACCAAAGGGGAGAACAUCAACAUCUGUUGGAGCCCUGACGGGCAGACCAUUGCAGUGGGGAACAAGGAUGACGUGGUCACCUUCAUUGAUGCUAAGACGCAUCGCUCCAAAGCUGAGGAACAGUUCAAGUUUGAGGUGAAUGAGAUCUCCUGGAACAACGAUAACAACAUGUUCUUCCUCACUAAUGGGAACGGCUGCAUCAACAUCCUUAGCUACCCGGAGCUGAAACCCAUUCAGUCCAUCAACGCCCAUCCUUCAAACUGCAUCUGCAUCAAAUUCGAUCCCAUGGGGAAGUACUUUGCCACAGGCAGUGCUGACGCAUUAGUCAGCCUCUGGGACGUGGAUGAACUGGUGUGUGUGAGGUGCUUCUCAAGGCUUGACUGGCCUGUGCGAACGCUGAGCUUUAGCCACGAUGGGAAGAUGCUGGCAUCGGCAUCGGAAGAUCACUUCAUUGACAUUGCAGAGGUGGAGACAGGAGAGAAGCUCUGGGAGGUGCAGUGCGAGUCCCCCACCUUUACAGUGGCCUGGCACCCAAAGAGGCCGCUGCUGGCCUUCGCCUGUGACGACAAAGAUGGCAAAUAUGACAGCAGCCGGGAGGCAGGCACCGUCAAGCUCUUCGGGCUCCCCAACGACUCCUAACGAAGCCACAUGUCCCUACUCCCAGGGACGGGAGAAUGUUUAGUGUAGGGCAGGGUAAGGAGAUGGCUCUGCUCCUUGCCUGAUGGGCAGUGCUGUGACUGUUGGCUCUGUCCAUCCUGCUCUCAGGAGCGUUUGUAAAAAGCAGCUUGUGUACUGGGGGGGAAAUGGGGGGACACACUAGUGGAGCCCCCCUCGCCAUCUGAGGGUUGCCACCUCCUCUCCUGGGUGUGGGGGCCUUGUUCCAAAGGUGAGUGGCCAAAGAAAGUCUGUCACUGAAGGUGACAGGUGACUGCUGAGGAACCUUUUGUGGGAGGAGCUCUGCUCCAUCCGGGCUCCCCAGCAGCGAUGGGCUACGUGACCAUCCCCUUGGCCCCAGCGGCCUGAUGGCGAGGGCAGCCCUGGGAGCACAGCCUGCCCCUUCCCCUCCCAGGCACCCCGUGUCCCUUCCCUGCACCAGAGCAGCAAGGGAAGGGUGGGGGGAUGCGAGUUGGGGGAUGUUUCCCCAGCUGGUUUGGUUUUCUUUUUGUAUGUGGGGUUGUUUUUUCUAAUUUUGAUAAAUCCUCUUCCAUAA